AUGCCCUGCCCUCGGCCGCCCUGGCUCCGCCGCCCGCGGGCCCCCCGGGGCUCGGGCCCCAGCACCCCGGGCUCGGCGUGCACCCCGCGCUCCCCCGGCAGGGGGCAGGAUGAGGACGAGGGCGGCGAGGAGGAAGCGGACGGCAGCCCGGGCCCCAUGCUGGCCCCCGCCUCCCCGGUGGAGUGCCUCAUCUGCGUGUCGCCCUUCGACGGCGUGUUCAAGCUGCCCAAGAGCCUGGACUGCGGCCACGUCUUCUGCCUCGAGUGCCUGGCGCGCCUGUCGCUGGCCACGGCGGGCGGCGGCGCGGCGGUGGCCUGCCCGGUGUGCCGCGCGCCCACGCGCCUGGCCCCGCGCCGCGGGCUCCCCGCGCUGCCCACGCAGCUCCGCCUGCUGCCCGGCCCCGCGCGCGCCCCGCCGGCGCCCCCGGGCUCCGUGCGCUUCGACCGCCGGCGCGGCCUGCUCUACCUGCGGCCGCCGCCGCCCGGGCCCGGGCCGCGCAAGGCCCGCGCGCCGCCGCCGCCGCCGCCGCUGCGCCUCGGCCGCCCGCUGUCGCGCCGCCUGUCGCUGGCGCGCUCGGCCUGGCUCUUCCACGCGGCCGUCGUCCUGGCCGUGCUGGUGGCCGCGGGGCUCGUGGUUUCGGGCGUCUACAUCUUCUUCCUCAUCCCGCGCGCCACCACCUCCCACCCCGCGCGGCCCCAGCUCGUGGCGCUCGCUCCGGCGCCCGGCCUCUCCUGGUUCCCGCCUCGGCCCACCGCCCAGGCGCUCCGGACCCCCGGCUGGACGCCGCUCCCCGCGGCCCCCGACCCGGACUCGAGUCCUGACCCGGACGCUGCCCCAUCGGGGGUUUCGGAGGACGCGCCGGAGCCCGAGGGGCUCCCCAAGGACACAGAGACACUUGCUGGGCCCUGGGAGCGCGCGCGGGGGGCGGAGGCUGGCCCUGACCGGACUCCGCGGGCACGGGGCGUGGGGACCCGGGGGUAG